CUCCCGUAAACUCGUCUACCGAUCGUCCGCGUGUCCUCUCCGUGCCAAUAUGCCACUGUGUAAUUUCUUUGAUAUUUGUUUUACGAACACGACUUAUUUAUAGAUGGUUUAUCGAUUCGAUUUUUUCGUUCGUUACUGUAUUUCGCGUGACAUGUGAGACAUUUUUUUUUUGGACGGAAUAUGCUAUUGUUUAGCGAUUGAAAAGAAAAUACGUUGUAGAUGGACGUGUUCAAGGCGCUGUAUCGACAAUACAUCUGACAUGAACAAUUCGACGAGUGGAUCAUACAUGGUCCAGCUCGAUGACACUGCAAAUGAAACAGUAGAGGGCUAUUUACUCCGAACCCGAGGGCCUAAACACCUUUCACUGAACAUCGUGCUGCCAAUCACCGUCAUCUACGUAUUCAUAUUCGUCACCGGGGUAAUUGGAAAUAUCGCCGUUUGUGUAGUGAUUGUCCGCAACAACUUUAUGCACACGGCCACCAACUACUACCUAUUUAGCUUGGCCAUAUCCGAUCUCACAUUAUUACUCUUAGGACUACCUAAUGAUCUUAGCGUAUACUGGCAACAGUAUCCAUGGCCUUUGGGUGAAGUUCUCUGUAAAUUUCGUGCUUUAGUUUCAGAAAUGACUUCGUAUACGUCAGUGUUGACCAUCGUGGCAUUUUCGAUGGAAAGGUAUUUGGCCAUCUGUCAUCCCCUCCAUUCAUACGCCAUGUCCGGAUUGAAGAGAGCUGUACGAAUAAUUGCAGUCGUUUGGGUGAUUUCGUUUUUUGCCGCAUUACCGUUCGCCAUGUUCACUACGGUCGACUAUGUGGAUUUUCCACCGGGGUCAGGAUAUCCGCUGUACGAGAGCGCGUUUUGCGCGAUGCUGGAUAAGAACGUGCCUACAGGAGUCCCUGUAUACGAGUUGAGCUCGCUGCUGUUUUUUCUUGUACCAAUGAUGAUCAUUAUUGUGCUAUAUGUGCUCAUCGGACUCCAGAUCAGACAGAGUUCUAGACACUCGCUGGGAAAACAAAUGACGGGAAACGUGCACGGGGAGACAAAACAAAUUCAAUCGAAAAAGUCAAUAGUCAGGAUGCUAGCUGCUGUCGUCAUCGCGUUUUUCCUGUGCUGGGCGCCAUUCCAUGCGCAACGGUUGCUCUACCUGUACGCCAAGGACUCGCCGUACUACCCGCAAGUCAACGAAUUGCUGUACACAAUCGCCGGUUGCUUCUACUACUUCUCGUCGACGGUCAACCCGAUACUCUACAAUCUCAUGUCGAUGAAGUACAGGAGGGCAUUUCGGGAGACGCUGUGCGGAUACUCGGGUGACCAAAGGAACCGUAUGUCCCGGGAACUGCAGUCGAGUUUCCGGGACACGACCGUGCCUCUGAACACGACGAUCACCACCGCCGAGUGCAGCCGCAAGUCAGUGGUGCACCGGUCCACGAGAAACCUACAACAAACUGAACCAUCGUAUAACCAUCACCACAAUCAUCAUCAUUAUGCAGCUGCACCAUUACUCGACGAUUGCAGUGGCGGCCGCCCGCCUGCGACGGCCUCCGACGUGCUGGUGAUGAUCUCACCAGUCAACGGAAAUGCACAGUGCUACAAAACGUUGCUUAGGGUGACUGUUCAAGGUUCCGACAACAAGCCCGCCGCUGCCAUACAACACGGUAACUGCAACAGCAAACUGCAGAUGCAAGGCUGCAGCGAAACACAAACCGAAAACCCGCAUUGCACAGAAGUGGAGACUUGCAUUUAACGCGGGAUUACAAGCGAAACCAGAUCAUAAUAGAAUAUUUUGCAUGAACAUUAAACAUAAUAUAGUGCGUGUUGCACGUUUCUCUUUUAUAUAGGUCAACGUAUUGCUCGUUUUCCUUUUAAGAUAUAGUAUUAUUAUACAUAUAGAAACACAAUGAUUCACCGAGCGUGCUCAUCCCAAUUUUUUUUUUUCGUUUAUAUUAGUAGUUAUUAAAUAGUUUUUAUAACUUUAAAUUAUAUUUACUUAUAAAAUAACAACUUCAAAUACUUAAAUAUUUUAUGACAUUUAUAAGGAGUAUCUUAUGACAGCGAUACUAACACUGUUUUUCAAACCACAACCGUCAUUUUUAUCGUAAACUUUUAAAUAGGUAAAUCAUUUUUUUUUUAACAUUACCUAAUCGAAAUUUGAACUAGUAAUUUCCGAGUUAUUAAACUUUAUGUACUAAGAAUAAAAAUUAUAAUUAGUUUAAAAAUAUGAGGGCUACUUAUAUUUUAUGUGGAUUCACUAGAGGCUUCUAUAUCCUGUUCGGUUUGCUUAUCAAACCCCCUUUAAUUUUUUUCUCGGAAAAAAAAAAUGAAUAAAUGAAUAAAAUUUUAAAUAUAAUACACAUAUUACUUUUCUAACUCAAUAAAUACAAAUAUUCACUCUUAAUUAGGUACCUCGU